UGACGAGUUGGAUACAAGUAGUUCCGCGAGAAAAUUGUCGACUGUGGACGGUACAAGUGUAAUUGUGAAUCCACUUCAUUGUUAUAGGAUCAUAGAAUUUCUCACGGUAUUUGGUGCGUUUACCGAUAUUCUAGUCUGCAGUUCAUGUAAACAAAAGGUUCGAAUUGAAGAGAGCGGACAUAGAGGCUUAGGAUUCAAAAUUAUCGUGUCGUGUAGGUGCGGGCAAAGAGAGAUAAAUUCAGGAUCUCUGAUAAACACCGGAUACGAAAUUAAUAGACGGAUUGUAUUCGUUAUGAGGCUGCUUGGUAUCGGACAAGAAGGCAUCAAUGUGUUUUGUGGCCUUAUGGAUCUAUGCAACGGGUUGGCGAGAACAACGUAUGAUAAUAUAGUGCAGCACAUUUACUCAACGUUGGUAUCAAUGUUUGAAGAAAUGAGUAAAAAAGCCAUCACAGAAGAGCGACAGAAGAAUGCACAACACGGAAGAAUUGAAACGCAUUUGAAAGUUUCCGGCGAUGGGUCAUGGAAGAAACGAGGUUUCACUUCUUUGUAUGGUGUCACAACUCUCAUUGCAUACUACAGCGGUAAAGUAGUCGAUCUUCUCGUAAAAAAUGCACAUUGCGCUGCAUGUAACAACAAGAGGAAAGAAUUAGACGACGAAGAAUUUGAAGAAUGGUACGAAAAACAUCAAGAAACAUGCACUUCAAAUCACGAAGGUUCAGCCGGAAAAAUGGAGGUAGAUUCUAUCAUGGAAAUGUUCUUGAGAUCUGAGGAAAACUUUGGCGUUCAAUAUCGUAAUUAUAUUGGCGACGGCGACUCGAAAACUUUCGCGGGUAUUUUGAACUCAAAUCCAUACAGUGAUGAUUGCCCCGUUACAAAAAAUGAGUGCGUGAGUCACGUACAAAAACGGAUAGGCACACGACUUCGUAAUCUCAGGAAGAAAGAGAAGCUUGGCGGCAAGAAUCGGUUGACGGAGUCUCUUAUAAAAAAAUUAACAAUUUCUUAUGGUUUGGCCAUUAGAAGGAACGUCGAAUCUGUUGAAGACAUGAAAAAUGCUGUUAUUGCAACUCUCGAUCAUUAUUGCUCUACGGAUAAAUCGCCGAGACACGAGAAUUAUUCUGUUGGCGCCGAUAGCUGGUGCGAUUGGCGCAAAGCUGAAGCGGCUAAUCAAUCUUCUUAUAAGCAUGCUGCUAGAGUAAUUGACAAAGACGUUGAAAAACAUAUUCGUCCAAUUUACGAGGAUUUAUCAAACGACCAUUUAUUAACACGAUGUUUAGGAGGGCACACCCAAAACUCGAAUGAGUCGUUUAAUGCAACAGUAUGGCGAAUGGCUCCCAAGCACUUGCAUUCCGGCAAAAAAAUAAUUGAAAUUGCGGUAAAUAUGGCUGCAGGUAUUUUUAAUGAAGGGUAUUCAGCAGUUUUAAUCACCAUGCAGUUGCUGAAUAUAAAAAUUGGCCAGCAAUGCAAAAUGUUUGCAGACCUACAUGAUGCGGAACGGAUUAAAAAAGCGGAUAAACAUCAUACAGAAAACAGCAAGGAGGUUCGUACGGCUCGCAGAUUUCAACAAAUGCAGCAAAAUGAGUUUUACGAACAAGCAGAAGGGAUGCUUUAUGGAGCAGGAAUUGCUGAUUGAGAUAAAACUCAUACAAGAAAUACGGACUGCAUCUUUCCAGCUAAUCAUUAACAGCAGUUGCAAGGCGCUUCACAAUUCACGCCG